AUGGCCGACGAACUCGCCAGAAUCCAGCAAUAUGAAUACCGGCAGAACUCAAACUUGGUUCUGUCGGUCGACUACAACCUUACCGACCGAAGAGGAAGGGAGGAACCAACCGGUGAAGUUCUACCCAUCACCGAUACACAGAUGAAAAAGAUGAAGAUGGGAGACAGAGCUCUGAAGAGCAAGGCUCCUGUUCAGGACCAGAAAAAGAAGAGUCGCCGCAACAAGGACGACCAAUCAAAAGCGCCACAACUCGGAAAAGGUGUUCUCGUUGACAAUCACGAGCUCACUGGAGCCUACAAGCCACGGACUCAGGAGACGAAACAAACGUAUGAAGUGAUUCUCUCCUUCAUCUACGAUGCACUCGGCGAUGUUCCAAGAGAGGUGUUGUGUGGAGCAGCUGAUGAGGUGCUUAUCACGUUGAAGAAUGACAAGUUUCGAGAGAAAGAAAAGAAGAAGGAAGUGGAAGCACUCCUUGGCAAGCUCACCGACGACCGAAUCGCCGUGCUCAUUAACCUCUCGAAGAAGAUCACCGACUUCUCGAUCGAAGAGGAAAACCGAGUUGAAGGGGACGAAAUCGAUGAGAAUGAAGGAGUGAACGUUCAAUUCGAUUCGGACGAAGAAGAAGACGAUGGAGGAAUGGUCAACGAGAUUAAAGGAGAUUCGGAUGAGAGUGAAGAGGAGGAAGGAGUGGAUACAGACUACACAGCUACACUGAAAGGAGAUGGACAUCUCACAGAGGACGAGCAGAAAGCGAGAGGAAUUCUGCAUCCAAGAGAUAUCGAUGCUCAUUGGAUUCAGCGUUCGCUUGCCAAGUAUUUCAAGGAUCCACUGAUCGCUCAGCAGAAGCAGACCGAAGUCAUUGGGAUUCUGAAGGAUGCUGCAGAUGAUCGUGACGCCGAGAAUCAACUCGUUUUGCUUCUCGGAUUCGAUCAAUUCGAUUUCAUCAAGUGUCUUCGUCAAAAUCGUCUCAUGAUUCUCUACUGUACACUUCUUCGUCAGGCAAACGAGAAAGAACGUGUCCACAUUGAAGAUGAAAUGAGAUCUCGUCCUGAACUUCAUCAUAUUCUCGCACUGCUUCAGGAGACAGACGAUGGAUCUGUUGUGCAGGUUGAGAAGUCGAAAAGAGACGCGGAGAGAUCGAAAAAGGCCGCCGCUGCUGCUGAUGAGGCAAUCAGUGCCGGACAGUGGCAGGCAGGACGAAAAGUGUUGGAUUUGAAUGACUUGUCGUUCUCACAAGGAUCUCAUUUGAUGAGUAACAAAAGAUGCGAACUCCCAGAAGGAUCCUACCGUCGUCAGAAAAAGUCAUAUGAGGAAAUCCACGUGCCAGCACUCAAGCCACGUCCGUUUGCCGAAGGAGAGAAGCUUAUCAACAUCUCCGACCUCCCAAAAUGGGCUCAGCCAGCGUUCGAAGGCUACAAAUCUCUCAAUCGUGUGCAGUCUCGUCUCUGUGACUCCGCCUUGAAAUCCAAUGAGCAUCUUCUUCUGUGUGCUCCAACUGGAGCCGGAAAGACGAACGUCGCGUUGCUCACAAUGCUUCAAGAGAUUGGGAAACACUUGGCGGAUGAUGGAAGUGUCAAGUUGGAUGAGUUCAAGAUCGUUUACAUUGCCCCAAUGAAAUCUUUGGUACAAGAAAUGGUCGGUAGUUUCUCGAAGAGACUUGCUCCAUUUGGAAUCACAGUUGGUGAGAUGACAGGAGACGCACAGAUGAGCAAAGAGCAGUUUAUGGCUACUCAAGUAAUCGUUUGUACUCCGGAGAAGUAUGAUGUUGUGACGAGAAAGGGAGGAGAAAGAGCCUAUAAUCAGAUGGUUCGCCUCUUGAUUAUUGAUGAGAUUCACUUGCUUCACGAUGAUCGUGGACCAGUUUUGGAGUCAAUUGUCGUCAGAACAAUCCGUCAAAUGGAACAAAAUCAUGAUGAGUGUCGUCUGGUUGGUCUGUCUGCUACCCUUCCCAAUUAUCAAGAUGUCGCCACAUUCCUCCGCGUGAAACCCGAGCAUUUGCACUUCUUCGACAACAGCUAUCGUCCAGUUCCACUCGAGCAACAAUAUAUUGGAGUCACCGAGAAGAAGGCGUUGAAGAGAUUCCAGGCGAUGAAUGAAGUGGUUUAUGAUAAGAUUAUGGAGCACGCUGGAAAGAGUCAAGUGCUCGUUUUCGUUCACUCGAGAAAAGAAACAGCGAAGACUGCGAAGGCGAUUCGUGACGCUUGUCUUGAGAAGGACACCUUGUCGGCAUUCAUGCGAGAAGGAUCAGCGAGUACUGAAAUUCUGAGAACCGAAGCUGAACAGGUGAAGAAUCUGGACUUGAAGGACUUGCUACCAUACGGAUUCGCUAUUCACCACGCUGGAAUGAAUCGUGUCGAUCGUACACUUGUUGAAGACUUGUUCGCUGAUAGACAUAUUCAGGUGCUGUUCUCCACUGCUACACUCGCUUGGGGAGUCAACUUGCCAGCUCACACAGUCAUCAUCAAGGGAACUCAAAUCUACAAUCCAGAGAAAGGACGUUGGACUGAACUCGGCGCACUCGAUAUCAUGCAGAUGUUGGGAAGAGCUGGUCGUCCACAAUAUGAUGAGAGAGGAGAAGGAAUUCUGAUUACAAAUCACUCGGAACUUCAAUACUAUCUGUCAUUGAUGAAUCAACAACUUCCAGUCGAAAGUCAGAUGGUCUCUCGUUUGACGGAUAUGUUGAAUGCGGAAGUUGUGUUGGGAACUGUGAGCAGUGUAUCGGAAGCGACGAAUUGGUUGGGAUACACAUUCUUGUUUGUGAGAAUGUUAAAGAAUCCAACACUCUAUGGAAUCACUCAUGAACAAAUGCGCGCCGACCCACUCCUUGAACAACGUCGUGCUGAUCUCAUUCACACUGCUUGCGUUCUUCUCGACAAGGCUGGACUCAUCAAAUACGACAAAAGAAGUGGAAUCAUCCAAGCCACAGAACUCGGUCGUAUCGCCUCCCACUUCUAUUGUACCUACGAAUCCAUGCAGACUUACAACAAGCUUCUGAUAGAGACUUGCUCUGAUAUUGACCUCUUCCGUAUCUUCUCAAUGAGUUCUGAAUUCAAAUUGUUGUCGGUUCGUGAUGAGGAGAAGCUGGAACUCCAGAAGCUCGCUGAGCACGCUCCGAUUCCAAUCAAGGAGAAUUUGGAUGAAGCAUCCGCCAAGACUAACGUCCUUCUUCAAGCCUACAUUUCACAGCUGAAAUUGGAGGGAUUCGCUCUUCAAGCUGAUAUGGUCUUUGUUGCACAAUCAGCUGGACGUCUGUUCCGUGCUCUUUACGAGAUUGUUCUGUGGAGAGGAUGGGCUGGAUUGGCACUGAAAGUGUUGACUUUGUGUAAGAUGGUUACCCAGAGACAAUGGGGAUCCUUGAAUCCACUUCAUCAAUUCAAAAAGAUUCCAUCAGAAGUUGUGAGAUCUAUUGAUAAGAAGAACUAUUCAUUCGAUCGCUUGUAUGACUUGGAUCAACAUCAACUCGGAGAUCUCAUCAAGAUGCCAAAGAUGGGAAAACCACUCUACAAAUUCAUUCGUCAAUUCCCGAAGCUUGAAAUGACAACUCUCAUUCAACCAAUCACCAGAACCACUAUGAGAAUCGAGUUGACAAUCACUCCUGACUUCCAAUGGGAUGAUAAAGUGCACGGAAACGCCGAAGGAUUCUGGAUUUUCAUUGAGGACACCGACGGAGAGAAGAUUCUCCAUCACGAAUUCUUCCUUCUGAAACAGAAGUUCUGUACCGAUGAGCAUGUUGUCAAGAUGAUUGUUCCAAUGUUCGACCCAAUGCCGCCACUCUACUACGUUCGUAUAGUCUCUGAUAGAUGGAUUGGUGCUGAAACUGUUCUUCCAAUCUCGUUCCGUCAUCUGAUUCUUCCGGAGAAGUAUCCACCACCAACUGAGUUGUUGGACUUGCAACCAUUGCCGAUUUCUGCCGUAUCGAACAAGGAAUUCCAGACAGUUUUUGCGGAAAGUGGGUUCAAAGUGUUCAAUCCAAUUCAGACACAGGUCUUCCGUACUGUCUUUGAAUCCAACGAAAACGUCAUCGUGUGUGCUCCAAAUGGUUCUGGAAAGACCGCUAUUGCCGAGCUCGCCAUCCUUCGUCACUUCGAAAACACUCCAGAAUCCAAGGCUGUCUACAUUACACCAAUGGAAGAUAUGGCCACAAAAGUGUACGCAGACUGGAAACGUCGUCUUGAGGGAGCUAUUGGACACACUAUUGUACUGUUGACUGGAGAACAGACACUGGAUUUGAAGUUGGCUCAACGUGGACAGUUGAUCAUUUCGACACCAGAACGAUGGGAUAACAUUUCGAGACGUUGGAAGCAAAGAAAGAGUGUGCAGAAUGUGAAGUUGUUCAUUGCCGAUGAUUUGCACAUGAUUGGAGCCAGUAAUGGGCCAGUCUUCGAAGUCGUCUGCUCGCGUACCAGAUACAUCUCUUCUCAACUCGAAUCCGCAGUUCGUGUCGUCGCUCUCUCCUCAUCGCUCACAAAUGCUCGUGACUUGGGAAUGUGGUUGGGAUGCUCUGCAGCUGCCACCUUCAACUUCAUGCCGUCAACUCGUCCAGUUCCACUUGAUUUGGAGAUCAAGUCCUUCAACUUGUCCCAUAAUGCAUCAAGAUUCGCUGCCAUGGAACGACCAGUCUAUCAAGCAAUCUGUAGACACGCUGGAAAGUUGGAUCCAAAACCAGCGCUCGUCUUCGUACCAGUCCGUCGUCAAACUCGACCAGUAGCCAUCGCUCUUCUCACAAUGGCUCACGCGGAUGGUACACCGACUCGAUUCCUUCGUCUCGCUGAACAAGACGACACUUUCCAAGCGCUUCUCGCUGAUAUUGACGAUGAAUCACUCCGUCAAGCAGUCUCAUGUGGUGUUGGAUUCCUGCAUGAAGGAUCCUCACCAAAAGAUGUUCACAUCGUCCAGCAACUCUUUGAAAGUAACGCUAUUCAAGUAUGCGUUGUGCCACGUGGAAUGUGUUAUCAAAUCGAGAUGAGCGCCUAUCUUGUCGUCAUCAUGGAUACACAAUUCUACAAUGGAAAGUAUCAUGUGUACGAGGACUAUCCAAUCGCCGAUAUGCUUCAUAUGGUUGGAUUGGCGAAUCGACCGAUUCUGGAUUCUGAAGCCAAGUGUGUGGUUAUGUGUCAAUCGUCGAAGCGUGCCUACUACCGAAAGUUCUUGUGUGACCCACUUCCAGUCGAAUCGCACUUGGAUCACUGUCUUCAUGAUCACUUUAAUGCUGAAAUUGUCACGAAAACUAUCGAGAACAAGCAGGAUGCUAUUGAUUACCUCACAUGGACGCUCCUCUACCGCCGAAUGACCCAAAAUCCAAACUACUACAAUCUGCAAGGAACCACUCAUCGCCAUUUGUCGGAUGCCCUGUCAGAACUCGUCGAGAACACACUCAAAGAUUUGGAGAACAGCAAGUGUAUUGCCAUCAAAGACGACAUGGAUACAGUGUCUCUCAAUCUCGGAAUGAUCGCCUCUUACUAUUAUAUCAGUUAUCAAACUAUUGAGCUCUUCUCGAUGUCGCUCAAGGAGAAGACCAAAUCGAGAGCCCUCAUUGAGAUUAUCUCGAACUCCAGUGAGUUCGCCAAUGUUCCAAUGAGACACAAGGAGGAUGUUAUCCUGCGACAACUUGCUGAGCGACUCCCAGGACAGUUGAAGAACCAAAAGUUCACGGAUCCUCAUGUCAAGGUCAACUUGCUCAUCCAUGCUCAUUUGUCUCGAGUGAAGUUGACAGCUGAGCUCAAUAAGGACACCGAACUUAUCGUUCUCCGAGCCUGUCGACUUGUCCAAGCUUGCGUCGAUGUGCUCUCUUCAAAUGGAUGGCUCUCACCUGCUAUUCACGCAAUGGAAUUGUCACAAAUGCUCACUCAAGCUAUGUACUCCAGUGAGCCAUAUCUCAAGCAGUUACCACAUUGCACUGGAGCUCUUAUUGAAAGAGCCAAGGCUAAGGAUGUGACUUCUGUAUUCGAGCUGCUCGAGCUGGAUAACGAUGACCGAUCGGAGAUUCUUCAAAUGGAGGGAGCGGAACUCGCCGACGUCGCACGCUUCUGUAACCACUACCCGUCGAUCGAAGUGGCCACCGAGUUGGAAAACAAUGUCGUCACCACACAAGACAAUCUGAUGUUGGCCGUCUCACUGGAAAGAGACAAUGAUAUCGAUGGAUUGGCGCCGCCUGUCGUCGCACCACUCUUCCCACAAAAACGAAAAGAAGAAGGAUGGUGGCUUGUGGUUGGAGAUCAGGAAUCCAACGCGCUGUUGACCAUCAAGAGAUUGGUCAUCAACGAGAAGUCGUCAGUGCAACUCGACUUCGCCGCUCCACGUCCAGGCAAACACGAAUUCAAGCUCUUCUUCAUCUCCGACUCGUACCUCGGUGCCGAUCAAGAGUUCCCAGUGGAGUUCCGAGUGGAGGAACCAGGAAGAAGCCGAAAGAGGAAGCACGAGAAGGAGGAGGAGAACUGA